CGGAGAGGCGGAUACGUCUCCUCUCCGCCGAUACAAAAUGCACGGUAUAAGUCAUAUCGCUCCGGAUGAUUCAAACUCUGCUCCGCCCCCGACCCACGGGCAGGGUAUCCGCCAUGCUAUCUCCACCCAUCCUUUAGCAAGAUGGAGAGAGGAACCAUCUCCACCCACCUCCCACCAUACAAACUCCUCACCUCUUCUCUCACGUCAUGAUAGUAUUGAGAGCUUAGAUCAGAGCAGGUUUGAUACUCUAUCCAGGCUCAGUCAUCAUUCCUCCAUGUUUAGCCUUGCCUCUCCACUACCAAACAGAACUCCAUCAUCACAUUCUCAAUUAACAAUAUUUGGUUCCCAGGAUCCCUCCAAACCUCAGCUACCCCUCCGACAGUCUAAACCUGGUUCAGCCACCUCCAUGAUGGAUCUUGGAGCAAAGCCCUUCCAUCUAUCUCCGCUAGACCGAUCCUCCAGUCAGCUCUCCCUGAUAUAUGGAACUAGACAGGAAGAAUCUAUGUUAGAUCAGGCUAGACGAAUCUCCUCUGGAGCUUCUGCAACACCCUCACCCCCAUCCAGGCUAGCCAGGCAUCAUUCUCAACUUAGUCCCGCCCCUUUCUCAGGGAGAAUGCAAAGAACCCAGUCUCACCUAAGUGUGAGUCGUGACGGAAUCUCCAGAUGGUCUGAUAGACAGGAGAUAAGUCAAGGUUCGGAGCAUCUGGAAGUAUUUCUGGAUUCUGUUGGCAGAGUAAACAACAACACGGAGUUCAGGCUUAGUGAUCAGUUUCAGUCUCAUUCCGAGAUUAGGGUUCAGUCUGCUCCUCUGGUUCAAGGUACACCUGGAGCACAGGAAGAGAGAAAGCAUGUUAAUCUAAGAAGAGGGCGUUCAAUAUCUUCCAGGUGGAGCAGUACUGAAAACUUGAUUGCAGCUGGACGAAUAGAUCAAGAAAAUAUUGGAGCCAAUGGAGCCCGAGAUGAAGGAGUGAGAAGAGAGCCUGGAGUAGGGAGAGAGCCUGGAGUAGGGAGAGAACCUGGAUCAAGGAGAGAGCCUGGAGCAGGAAGAGCAGGAUCAAGAGGAUCAAAUCCUGGUUUGAAUCAUCCUAUGCAAGAUCUACCUAAAGCCAAAUUAAGUAAAAGUGGUUCCUUGGGUUCCCUGGGGUUCCUUGAAUCUGGUGAAUCCAGCUGUUCAUGUUCCAACCAUUCAGACAGGAAUGUUUCACUGGAUACUGGAAGCAAGCUAUCUGAUGCAGGGAGAAGACUUCCAGAACAUCUUCCUCGCCCUCAUUCAGAGCCUCCAAACCACCGAGGGGGGCCUCCAAGUCGGGCCCCCCGAGGUGCAUCUAAUCCUCCAGGAGGAGAGGUGAAACCUAAGAAGAUCAAGGUUGAGUAUCUAGGUUCUACUCCUGUGGAUCAAGGUUCUACAGAUCUAGGAAGUUUACAGGUUCCUAUGAAAAAUCUUUAUCUGAAGUACAUUGAUAUGAAGAAUAUGGGUCAACAGAUGCUGCCGGGUACACUUGAUGUAUCCGAUACAGGACUAAAAGUGAAUUAUAUCCGUGAACUUCACAAGGGUGUUCAAGAGAUAUUUAAUCCAUUCCCAACUAUAGCUGUCUGGGCAGCAGUUAAAUUUGUACAUAAGAAGGAACAGGAUAG